ACAGUUUUGUAUACCAGGUGUAUACGUAUGAACACGUAUGAAUGCACAUCGUUAGAAACAGUGAAGUUUUACUCUCAUGAAAAGCAAAGAUAUUAUUUCGCUAUGGUAAAUGUUAUGAAAGGUGUCCUAGUGGAAUGCGAUUCAGCUAUGAAGCAAUUUCUUCUACAUUUGGACGAAACAUUUGCUCUGGGAAGGAAAUUCAUUAUUCAAGAUCUUGACGAAAGACAUCUUUUUAUAUCUUCUGAUAUUUUGGACACACUUCAAACAAAAGUUGAUGAUCUUAUGGAUCAAAUAUCUUUCCCUCUAGCUGAGAAAGGAGUUUAAAUGCAAACGAAACUCAUUUAAGUGGAUCGAAAA